AAAAUAGCUACAACAUCAGGGGAUUCCCAUAUUUUGCGUCGGGGGAAUCCCUGAAAUGGCGCAUGCGCAGACGAAGUGAAUUUGAACCGGCACAGCAUAUCUACUUACAUCAUAUCAGUUUUUAUCUAAAUUAUUAUUCUGCCCAUGAAACAAGCAAUAACCUAAUAGUUAUUGGUUACUAUUGUGAAUGUCUUACCUUCUUCGCAGGAAUGGUCGCUUAUAUUAUAGCAUUUUCUAUUAUCAAUCUAGUGCGGUUUGAAAAUAUAAUGGCACGCGAAUAGUUAUAGUUCAUGUGGGUACCAAAACGCUUGAUACUGUACCCUGAUGGAGACCUUUUGUGGAAGUGAUUUACAAUUUUACCAAAAUUCAUGGGAAAAAAGCUGCCCCAAUAUCAAAACAAAAAUUAAAAAUCAACGACAGAUUUUCUCAAAAAUUGAAUUAGGCACUUCGAUGCACUACCUCAAAAUACACCUAUGGACCAAAAAUCGUUGACAUUAGACUAUAGUUAACUAAGCGAAAGUGAAAAAACACGCCACACAAGUAAUCAUUUUAAAAAUUGGUCAAAUCGUUCUUCUAUACAAUAAAAUCACAUACGAUUUUUUUAGAAUGUUAGAUAAAUUACAAAGAGGUGAAAAGUGCCUAAGUGUAAAACUUGACGAACCCGGUAUAAUGAAGCACACUUUUUGCGCGUCACUUCGCCACUUGACAGGAAGAUAUUUUGAGGUUAGAAUCAUUCACAUUUUGUGAACAAGGAUAUAAGAGUGCACUUGAUGAUGGUGAAAAAGCAGAGAUUGUUUUGGGAAAAGAGGGACAAGUCAAUUAGUAUAAAUUUUUUCAUCAUUGUAAAAGGGUUCUUUUUGUGUAAAGCGAUAUAAGUACAUUCAGUUCGUUCUACACUAAAUAUAUCUUCAUAAAAUAAUGCGAAAAGAGAAUUAAGUAGACUUACACCGUUGAACCGAAUUUUUCCAAGGAAGACUUGUCCCAUAUCAACGGUGUAUGUUCACUUAGAUCUCUUAACACUAAAGUCGGUUGUAAAAACGAACAUGUACCGAAAAACACAAUGAGAGAAUAUUAUAAUAGAAACAGCCUCGACUUAUAUCACUGUUCCCAAUGGCGGAAAACUUAUUACAAGUGGCACUUGUGGAGAUAUCUCAUUUUGCACUAUUUGGUGACUAAUACCACUUUUCCCGACGGACCGCCAAUUAUUCUAAUUACCGACCAACUCCGACUAACCUCCGCUCCUCGUAUUCCGUCAGUUUUAUUAAGCUUCGGUUGGCUGACUUUACUAAAAUGGCGGUCACCAUUCUUUAUAGAAUUUAUCAUCAGCAAAAUCGACAUUUCGAACCUCAACGAAUUACCGAAUACCAAGAGGUUGAUCCAAUACAUCAACUAAAAAUUACUCAACCAAGAUCUGUUGGUCUUUCCUGGAAUUUCGUAUAAACCGUCAAAAUCCCCAAACCGCAGAUUUUCCGUACGACAACAGGUUAGUGUAAAAACUCACAAUAAAAGGUAUGGUGUUUCUUUUAUAAUACUCUUCGUUUUUCACUAAUUCAUUAUUGUAGAAUUCUAGUUUUGCAACUUUGAGUGGUGUUUCUGAGGACAAUUGAUUAGUUUCAAGUUCUUUUUUAGAUCUGCUUCUUUAUUAUACAUUUUAUUAUGAAGCAUAAUAAAUUCCAGAAGUUUAAUAAAAUGGGAAUAACAUUUGCUCUUUUUGUAUAAAAUCUUCUCAUUCAAAUAUUUAAAUUCAUCGUUUAUGUUAACAUUCUGUAAAUUUUCACCUUCCAUAUCACAAAAUUUAUUUUGUAUUGUUUUUAAUAAUAAUAACAAUAAAAUAAUAGAGAGAUAACAUGAAUUUACCUCAACCACAGAGAAAAGGAUUACCGUGUACAAAAAAAAUAGGAACAGAAAUAAGAAACGAUGAUUUGUGACACAAAUAAAAGGUAAAAUAAAAUAUAUAUUUAAAUUCCGCUAUGCAAGUGUAAUGUAAGGUAUGCACAGGGUUCGGGAAUCAACAUCUGUGCCAGUGAUAGCUAUUUAUUUAAAUGGACCACGAGAGUAUCGAUAUUAAUAAUUACAAUUAUAAUGAACAAUGAAUAAUCCCCCAUUGAUAAUUGAUGAAUGCCAAAUUAAUUUGUCUAAACUACUUGAUUGAUGCUUUGUCGCAAUAAUUGAUAUGUAAUAUUAUUACGUGCUAGUUUUUUCUUCAUUACGUGCAUGUCUCAUAAUGUCAUGGUUACUAGUCAACAAACGAUUGCGUUCUUGCCUACUUACUACUAUGGGAGUAGAAAAAGAAUUUUACAACUUUGUUGUUUUAGAGAGUUAGUACCAAAAAAGUUUAUAUGCAACACUUCCGCAAAUAGUUUUUGCGGACUCAUCUGUUAAGGGCUCGGCUCCUUUGUCGUCUCGUCCCUAAUCCUAUUCGUCCGCUAAAACUGUAUUUUGCGGACUAGUUACAUAAAUAACUAUAAAAAUAGCAGGAUAGCUGCUAUUUUAAAAUGGUUCGGCAUUUUUUCUUCGCUCGCUCGCCUCGUUUCUGCAAAUUAAGGGAUUUUUUCCUGCAGAAGGUGUAAUUUUUAGCACUUAAAAAUUUUACGAUGGCAGCCGUAGCAGCUUUUCCAAAAAUCAAUUGUGCAUUGUGCUUGAAACCAAUGAUAAUAUGGCCACCACUUUAGAGGAUUACGUGAUUGUUAUAGGUAAUAUAGUGUCGUGCUCGAAAAAUCGCGUGUGUUUUAAAGACUAAUUAUCCACGAAUACUCUAUCGUUUUUUUAUUGGUACACUUUGGGAUUAUAAAUACUGAUAUUAAUAUUACAAAAAUUGGAAAUAAUAUAAUGUGAGAUCAGAAUACCCUUCGUUGUCAUGGAAUUGAUUGUCAUUAUAAUAAAAAAUCAUUGAAAAGUUGCCAUUUAUCUUCACGUUUCUUGGGUUAUUGAUGUUGCCAGGGACAGUUCAAUAAACACGUGUUUUUGAAAGUUCGGUUUAAAUAAGGAUUAAAUAAGCAAAAUACAGGGUGAUUCUGAAAUAGACCGACAAAAUUGAUUCUUAAUGAGUGAUGAUUAUUUCUGAAAUGUUUUUUCAAUUGUUUGCCCCUUCAUAAAAUAAAUUAAUUUUAUAAAUGUUUAUAAAUAAAAUAAACAUAUCCCACGAACAAUUAAACUCGAAAACGUGGAACUCGAAACGUGGAAUACUGGUUUUUAUGAAACUAUGUUGCGCGUGGCUGAGGCUUCGCCCCAGUUAACUAGAAGGAAACAUACCCCACGACCAAUUAAACUCGAAAACGUGGAACUCGACAUGUGGAAUAGUGUUUUUUAUGGGGGGAGCUAGGGCGCCGCACAGUUUGUAGCCGUAACUAAAAGGAAAUAUACACCUCGAUUGUUAAAUUAACCUCGAAAACGUAGCAUUCACAAAAAAAUACCUUGUUCACCAUUGAUAUAUCAAAUUUUCUUUCAAUAAUUUUUCAACAUAAAAAUGCCCUAAUUUAACCGACCUCGCAUCUCUUGUAAUAACCGAAAUCUCCAUGGUGGAGCUCAAAAAACGGACACACCUGUAUAAAUUAUUAACAAUUCUGGUAUGAUUUCCGGGAAAUACUGCAUGUUGACCCGAUUUCCCUCAAACGAUAAAUGUAAUUUGAAUCUUCCGAAAUUUUUUGCCCCAUAUUUAAAUAAGGAAUCAGAUGAUUCUUGAUAAUGUCCUUCACUAUUGUCUUCCGUCGAAUUAUUUGUUUUUGCAUUGUCUCUGUUCAAAUGCAAAAUUCCUUUUUGCGUAGUUGAUUCGCUUCCGUCUGCUAUCAGUUGUUUUAGCUAUUCUUUUUUGAUUUCGCAAGUAAUUACUGCACCAUUUUCUUCUCCUUCAGUUUCACUCCGUGCAACAAUAAAAAAAGUCAGCGAAAUAUUUCUAACAUCUUCAAUCGAAUAAAUAGAACAAAGUAAAAUUUUUACUUAAACUUCUAACAUAAAAGUAUCUAGUCCUUUUGCUCUCUGCCCCUUUUGAAUUUACAGGAUUUUUUAUGAAGUGAGCCACAUCACACCUUAUAAAAGUUUUUGGGUUAUGAUUUUGAUGAUUAAAGAGAAUCUUGUAUUAGCUGAGUAGUAAAGGCGGCACAUUUGUGAGGGGCUCAUGAACCACCUGUCGCAUAAAAAAUAAGAUUGAUAAGAUAUGUGCGCUGUACUUUUUACAUUGCGGUAUAUGGUUUCACAAAAGGGUCUCAUUAUGCAGCUGUCAUCAUAACAAUAUAUCUUGUUCGUGGAAUUUUAAGUGGCGCUGUACUUUUACAUCGUUGCAAUAUGGUUUCAGCUGUACUUUAAGUUUCCUAUUAAAGGCUUGAAAAAUUCAAGAGAAAUACUCAGUGUUGUACUGUUCAAGUGUGUUUUUUCCGAAGAAGAUCUCCUGGUUAAAAUUCAAGAUGACUGGAAAACGUAUCUCUCUAACUCCAUUAAAAAAAUCGGCUCCUAAGCGUCUGAAACCGCAGGAAGUCAUCGAAAAAGUGUCGGUAUCACUUCCAUCAACUUCUACUGCAGUGGAAACUAGGGCACUUGUUAGUUCUCCAACUCAUAGUUACACGCCCCAAGAUGUAAUAACCCCUGACGAAUGGUCUGAUUCAUCGUUGGAGCAAUCGUUGAUUCAGCUGGUUGAUAAAGUGGAAAAAGAUGAAAGGGAAAAACUGGAGCGAAUGAUAGCUAAUGAAAAACAUCGUCUGAUCCACGAGACUGUGUACCCGAUAACAAGGUCCGGCAGUAAGUUUGUAUCAAUUGGGGUUAAACCACUCGAAGAUUAUCGUCCAGUGCUGAAGAUUCAUAACCCGGAGCUAACAUCAGCAGCAAUUUUUUCGAUGGAUACUUUUACCGAAUUUGUGCAAGACAUGCGUAAAGUGUUGGAGUGCGGGUCCGAAUCAGUGCUGGAGGGUCAAAUUUUUGCCGUAUUAAGUGAUUACGUGGCUAUUAAAUGUAAACACAAUUCUGUACAAUUUUUACCGACGUUACCGUCCGUGUAUAAAAGUUUAUUCUUAUCAGUGGAGACCAUUAGAGUUUUGACAAAAAUGGGUGAUCACUUAUUAAAUGUUUUACAAGGACGAAAGAUUCAGUACAAAAGUUAUCCCUGUUACAGUGGUUUUAUAAAUAAUGUUGAUUUAGAAAUGUUGUCGAAGAAUCCAUCUAAUUUUAAUGAAACACUUUUUGAUGUAAUUAAAGAUAGGUACGAUGAUAAUGGUGUAUUGUAUGAAAUAAUAUUAAAAAUGCCUGUUAAUGUUAAAACGGACGUAAAUGCUAGAGUUGCUUAUUAUAGACACCACAAUGACUAUAACUGUUUGUAAAAUUACCAAUAAUA